UCGCUGACGUCGUGGGGGCGGGACCGCGCGUGCGCCUCCUGCUCUCGGCUGCCGGUGAGGAGGAGGCCCGGCGGGCUCGGUUCCCUUCGCCGCUGUUCUUGCCCUGUGGUAUAUCCAACAACAACAUGACAGAGGGCUGGGUGGAUUGCCCCGCACUAGGGCCCGGCUGGCAGCGCCGUGAAGUCUUGCGCAAAAAUGGAACAAGACCUGGACAGUCAGAUACCUAUUACACAAGCCCCAGAGGAGAGAAAAUCCGCAGUAGAGUGGAGCUCCUGAGGUUACUGGGAGGAUCACGGGAUUUGACCGACUUUGAUUUCAAGAAAGGGAUUUAUGUAGACCCAAGUGCUGAGCCCCAGCUCCUACAACCCCUCCCACCCACUGGAGGAGGCCACCAGCGGGUCAAAAAGGGUAGUAAAAGGCAUCUUCCACCUCCGGCAGCAGCCACCCCUCCACUCAAGAAGCCUCCUGAUUUGCAAGUGUUUGAAGAGCCUCCAGACAAGGAGAUUCCAGACCAGAAACCCCCCCAAAUGGAACUGGAGUUGCCAGUAGAAGCACCUGCCGCUAUUCUGGCUGAGCAGCAAGAACUUCUAGUUGCUGCAGACCAGCCAGCCAUGAAGCCCCACAAGCGCCGAUGUCGGAAGCAGCUUCCAGCCCUCCUUCCUCUGGGAAAAAUGGGCAAUGUGACAGUGGAAGAGGCCAUCCCAGAGGAACCUGUAGUAUGCUGUGCCAGCUGUCAAGGACAGUUCCCAGGAGUGAUGCUCCCCUCCCAGAGACGCUGUCGGUGGCUCUGCCCAGAUUGCAGAGCUCAGAGAAGAGAUUUCAAUCGGGAGCAGAGAUAUUACAAGCAAAUUGGUUGUGGUGUGUGCCAAGCCUGCCAGAUGUCUCAGGACUGCGGCAUCUGCAGUGUGUGUGUCCUGCGAGCCAAAAGCCCCGAGCUCCGCAUUGGCAUCAAAUGUCUGCUGCGCCGAUGCUUGAAGAUUGUCAAAAAGGGCCUUGAAUGUGGUAUGUGUCAGGCUUGCAAGAUAACUGAAGACUGUGGGAGCUGCCACAUCUGCUUGCGGAGGCACAAACCAGGCAUGAAGCGGCAAUGGAAAUGUCUCAAGCGCCGCUGCCUUAAACGCAAGAAAAAAAUUCCACCCAAGAAAGAUGGCUACAGCACAAAGAAGCUUACAGGAGAAGUCCUCUCCACGGAGGAGACCUUUACGCCAGCACGGCGCCGGCAGAAGAAGUCAGCACCCGUGACAGAUGGGCCAGCUCCCAAGGUCCAGCGGGCCCCAAGGGGACACCACAAGAGGCUGCCAGCUGCACCACCAGCAUCUGCAGAUGGGCCCCUUCCCAAGGCCCAGCUUGCUGCAAGCUGCCAUCGUCGAAAGCGCUCUGCUACCACAAAAUGGAAACCUACCAUGGAACGGGAUCCUGGAGGCAUCCCUACAGUAAGACAAAGGAAGAAGCAGUUAGGAGCAGUGAAGGAAAGGAAGAAACCUGGUCGUCCCCCCAAGCAUCCCACUGCCCAGCUGAAGAACAAUGUGCAGACCUCUGCUAGCCGGCGAAACCGUAAGUGUGGCAAGUGUGAAGCCUGCCUGCUGAAAAUGGAUUGUGGCCGCUGUGAUUUUUGCUGUGACAAGCCCAAGUUUGGCGGGAGGAACCUCAAGCGCCAGAAGUGCCGCUGGAGACAGUGUCUGCAUUUUGCUAUGAAGCGGCUGCUUCCUGAGGAGUGGAGCAGCCCGGAAGGGGCAGCGGGCUGGAAGGUCAGAAGGAGGAGGAACGCCUUCGGCAACCGCAAGCCCACCAGGAUCAAGCAGGUGGGGCGGCGGGGAGCCAAGGGGAGUGGCCAGAAGCGACGGGCAAAAGCCAGCUUCCAGCCAGAGGAGUCUCCUUCAAGCCGGGAACAGAUGCAUUUGCCCAGGUUGCAAGGCCCAGAGGAGCCGGAACAGCAGCCAGUAGUGAAGUGGAAGAAAGAGCCAGAGAUGAGUGGCUCAAUUUUGGCCCAGGACUUGGCUAAGGACCGCCCCAUCCUGCCGCAUGUCAAAGAGGAGUCAGAAGUACCUCGACACCCCACCCCACCCUCCCAAGUCCUGGUGAAGCAAUCCGACACCAGACUACCUGCUGUCAACCUCCUCAUUGCCACCUCUCCCGUUGACAAACAGGAGCAUGCAGAACUGGAGGGGGACUGUCGGCCAUUGAAUGAUUCUCGGGUCUCAGCAGGACUUCCCCAGUGUAAGAGGGGGUGGGGAGCGCAGGGCAAGGACCUGGUGGUUCUGGAUGAUGAAGAUGAUGAAGAAGUGGAGCACUUGCAGCAAUUGCGUCCACCAGUGAUAAUGGAGAUUUAUAGCCUGGGUGGUGCACAGCCCCUUGCCCAGUUGGACAGCGUCCUGCAUGAGUUCUUGGCUGAGCUGAAUGAGAUCCCUCUCCCUGCUCACUGGGAGGUGCUGUCUCCGCUUUGCGGCCCUGACCUGCGUCUCGUCCAGCGUUCAGAACACUCCACCAUGUCCUCAGCUGUCAUCUACAUCCGCCCAGGCCUCUUCUUCCAUGUGGUGGUGCGAAACCUGCCCGUGCCCCCUGAGCAUGAACUCUAUGCCAGCCACCCUGCCCGCCUCACCACGGUGGACGAGGUGGUGGAACUCAUCUGCGACCUGGAGGCCUAUCGGCUCUGCUCUGGUUGGCCUGCAGGCUGGCACGCCGGUGAACGCUCCGAGGCCUGUGACGUUCUUGUCUAUUCUGGUUGCUGCCCACAGUGCCGGCUCAACCCUUGGCCAUCAGGGAGAGGCGCUCGCUGAGAACUGAGUUGGGAGGGGGGAUUUGGGGAGAGGACUUGGCCCUGUGGGGCAGUGAAUGGGAAGAGGUUUUAUUUUGACACUGGAAAUGGCUUGGAAUAUCUAAAGGGAUCGUUCCUUGCCAUAAAUAGCUUUAUAUUUUUUCCUCUCCUGUUCAGUAGCUUGGCACAGAAAGUCCCAUUCCUCUUGUUGUCUUCUGCCUCUCUCUACUGGUGAGCUGCUUCUGUGUUUCUGGCACAGAGAGACAUUCCUCUCAGAGACUCGAUUCCUGUCUUCAGUCGCUUGCUUGUCUCCUGCCAGAGAGUUGCAGUGGGAGCUCAGGGUCCAUUGCUGUAGCCUGUGCUGCUCCCAGUUCUCUGUGCUGGUACAGCCUCCCAGGUUGAUGUGGAGGCAGCUUAUGUAUCAGUGUGCACAUUUCUGUCCAUUGCUCCCACCUGCCUGCCCCGCUCAAUUUAGCAUUGUCCUGGCGACUCCUAGACCUGCAGUAUGGUCAUCUCCAAACACAGGAAGCGUGGGAUUUAAGCAAAGCAUCUCUUUUGCUAUCUCCCCCUCUCUCUAAAAAAAAAAGUUCCUCUGGCUGGGACCUGCCCCUUCCUGCCCCAGAUCCAGCUAAAACUUGGAAUUGCCACUUCAGGCAUGUCUUUCCUUUGCUUCAAGGUUGCUGAGUUCAGAUGAGUUAUUCUGUUUCUGAGGACCAGGAAGAUUUUUGUUUUGGGCAGCGGGAAAGACUAAAUGGAUGUCGCUGGAGUGGAGGCUGAGAGAUUCUGGGCUGUCCUGUUCAGGGAAAGUUCUACAGAAGCCAUAGCUGCAUGUCACUUGCUGACUCCUGGUUUUGUCUUGUGUCUUCCUUCAGUGUGGUGGUGGUGGCAGGAGCAAAUGCCCCAUAGCCUUUCCCUUGUUCCUCUCACCGUCAGUUUUUUUGUGUGUGCUGCUUUUCCCUCAGAAGAAAAUAAUGAAAGUAUUCGGGUGGGGGGGGGAAUAAAUCAGAACUGGUCUCUAUUUUUUUUAAAUGUAUUAAAUUUUUUAAUAAGCAAGCUCUGCUUUGGUUUCCAUGUCUCCCUUCAGGUGAGAACAGGGGUGGUGAAGCUGUCGCCUGGAUCCUGCUCACCAACCACUUCCAAAUCGCCUGCCCGCCCCUGUCUCUGCAGGUCCCUUUUCAGACUCAGGUGCAUCCCCAUUGCUUAAGAGGUCUUGAUACUCAGGAAACUGGAAGCAGCCCUCCUUUCUUGUUCCUGAGCACUAAGACCUUCUCAUAGAAGCACUGCACUAGUGGGAGAUGACAUGCCUUGGAAAGGGAUUUGUCUGCUCAGUGCUGGAGGCGGUUUUAGCACUAACCCCCCAGUGAUUGCCAUGGGCAUGCGCCAAUACUAUGGGCUGUUCAGGAUUGACAAUCAAUACUUUUGCAGUGAUGGGACCAUAGCAUCACGUAAUGUCUGCAACAUGCCCUGUCAGCGAUUCCUUGAUGACGAUCUCACUGAUGACAUUGCAUGUGUUAAGACAAUUGUCCAAAGUCAAGUAUGGGUAAAAACCUGAUCUCUGUGCAGCUGAUCAGUCAAGCAAACUCGACACAUUCUACUAUGAGAAUAUAGAUGGUGUCCCACGCUAUGGAAUAUUCCAGCUAAGUGGCCUUGAGUGGUGUGAUAACGGGAGGCACUCCUCUCAGAAUAAAUGCCACACACUCUGUGACAACUUCCUAGAUGAUAAUAUCACAGAUGAUGCUCUGUGUGUUAAGACAAUUGUCAACAGUACAAAGGACAUGACUGCUUGGUGAGUAGCAUCAGCUCCUUUUUUUCUAGAAACAAACAAACAAACAAACAAACAAACAAAAGAUGGCUGAAAAAUAUUACUUAAUCAGAACCUUCAGUAGAAACUCUAUUAGGUGGUGAAAAAGGGGCACAUUCAGACCAGCACAUUGCAUAUUAAAUAGCAUUUAAGUGUCAUUUGAUUUUGCUUUAGGCCACUUUGUUGUGAAAAGUAGAGAGGAAAAUCACAUGAGAUAGGAAUAAGAACAAGCUGAACUCAGGGUGCUGAUCAUUUGUGAGGGCCUUCCCUGCUUGGCCUUCCCCAAAGGAGCAGCAACCUGUACAGAAAGGAACAGCAACCAGCAUAUCACAAAGGAGCAGCAACCGGCUGCUAAGUGUAUAGGAUGCCAUCCUGUCCAGGGCUGGGGGGGGGGCAUCAGGUUGGAAGAAGAGACUAGGUGGGAAGGAGAGUUCAGGUGGGAAAGCCUGCCCCCCUGCAUCCAAAGGCAUCCACCACUAUCUUUUUCCAGAAAGACACAACUGGUUGGGUACGUCCCUCUUACUGUGGUGUCUCCUUCUUUUUGCCUGAUGUCCUGCCACCAUGAAAGCCCCAGAUUGCUCUGGAUCACCAUGGUGAUCCCAGGCUUUGUCAACCCGACUCGAGCAAUGGCUGGAUCUCCCCCCCCCCAUUGGCCUUGACUUGUUUGGGUGCACAGCUGUAGCACUUUGUGGCGAGUCUUCCUGUUGCCAAAUUCAGUCUUGCAGAACUAUUUUCUUUUAAUAACUCUGUAGCAUUGGACAAAUGCAAAAUAACCAAUGUGUUUCGUCCACCCAUUAGGCCACUCUAUGAGAAAUACUGUGAUGAAGGUCGGGUAAAUCGUUAUUAUAUCAAGUGCCUUUUUGGUGGAGUUACACAAAGAAGAAAGUUUUUGCUUCGGAACCUGCCUUGACUUCUAUAGAGGGUUGCAUUGUCUCAGGUUUGGUCUGACAAUGUGCUUCACUUCAGAGCCUCCUCUCUUCUCAUUUUGUAAAGCUUUGGAUCCCCCACCCCACCCCCAUGAAACAUAAUGGGAAACCAACAAACACCAACCUCAUCUGUAAUUUUUGUCAGACAAGGAUGAAAUCUGUUCACUUCCUGACAGGUUUGAGCCUUAAAAGGUACGCUCUCUCCUAAGGUCCAGUCUUACUUAAGAAGCUGAACCCCUUGAAGGGACCCCAUUUUUAUUCCCCACUUACUGCAGGGCUCUACAUAGGGCUACCUUUGAAGAUGACUUGGAAACUACAACUAAUUUAGAAUGCGACAGCUAGACUGGUGACUGGGAGCAGCCGCUGGGACCAUAUAGCACUAAAGGAUCUCCACUGGCCCCCAGUAAAUUUCCAAGCACAAUUCAAAGUGUUGGUGCUCGUUAUAUAUCAUCUCCCUUUUUUUUUUAUAAUACUACAUUCCGAACUGGGGGAAAAAAAAUUUAAAAUGACGUUUGUUCAAAAACCAGAAGCAUUUUUACUAGGUAUUUCUGAUCAAGGACUGCCGAAC